GGAGUAUUAGACAAUUUACUUGUUCAGCUGCCUUUUUUGAGCAAAAGGUGAAGUGUUUGAAAAGAAAAACUCCAUAUCUAUAAGAGGGGGCUUUGACCAGAAUGGGGCACGGUGGUCGGCCACAGAGUUGAAUUGGUUCGGUAUAACUGAACAAAUAGGGAAAUAGAGAGAGAGAUAGAUUACGACUGCAUCUCAUCUGCACGGUUCUCUGACUUGGGUCAGUCAAGAAAGAGUUCAACCCCUGCAAGCAUUUCGGCCAAAUAAGAAAAAUUCGAUCAAGAAGGCAAUUAAAAAUUCAAUCUUUGCAUUCUUCAUCUUUCACGGGUAUCAGUCCAUCUUGAAACAAGUUAAAAACUCUACUCUCAGAUCCAGCUGCUAAUCUUUUUUAUUCUCCAUCUUGUCUUGUUUGACUUUACUACGCAUCUGCUUAAAAGUAAGGAAGUACUGGUCAAGGAUGUGGUCAAGUUCUGGGCAAAGACUUCAUGCUGGUUUGUUUAAAAUCAAGUCUUUUCAUUGACUUCCACUAAAAGGGUCAGGUCUUGCGCUUUGCAGCAAGUAGCUCAUUUGGGAUAUGUACAUACUUUGGUUCUUGAUGGAAAGCUUGAGACAAUAUUAGGUUUAGCAUAUUUGCAAAAAUAUGGGUGGGCUGUGUUCUAGAGGUAUAGUGACUGAAGGUGGCGGUCUUCCACAAGCCAACAGUCACAUAAAUUUUGGCGCUGGGAUGGUUUAUCAGUCGUGCGGUUUGAGGCCCACACAAGUGAACGCCAAUCCUACACAAUCUCAUGAUGCGGGAAGUGCUGAUAAACAGCCAAGUGAUCACCAGUCUUUUUCUUUCCCGGAAAUUGAUGCUCAAUCCAAUGGGGCCUAUAUGGAUGAUAUCAAUGAUGGGAUUCCUCGCUUAUCUAGAACCCUAUCUCAGAAAUCUCGAUCCACAAGGUCUAGACAAGUGGCUAUGGCAAAGGUUUCAGAAGUGAGUUCACUUUUGGGGAAAGCUGGUGUGAAGGCUUAUGAUGUGUUGGACACACUAGGUAGCAGCAUGACAAACUUAAACUUGAGUGGCGGUUUUGCAUCCAGCAUGGCUACUAAAGGAAAUAAAAUAUCAAUUUUGGCGUUUGAAGUUGCAAACACUAUUGUCAAGGGUGCAAAACUCAUGAAUUCCCUUUCAAGUGAGAACAUUAAACAUAUGAAGGAGGUUGUGCUCCCAUCAGAAGGGGUGCAACGUUUAAUAUCAAAGGAUAUGGAUGAACUCCUUAGAAUUGCUGCGGCAGACAAGAGAGAUGAACUGAAAAUAUUUUCCGGAGAGGUGGUUCGUUUUGGAAAUCGCUGUAAAGAUCCUCAGUGGCACAAUUUGGACCGUUAUUUUGAGAAGUACUCGUUAGAAUCAGAACUCACAUUCAACGAACAACUUAAAGAAGAAGCAGAAGUAGAGAUGCAUCAGUUGAUGACAUUCGUUCAGCAUACAGCUGAACUAUAUCAUGAAUUGCAUGCCUUAGACAGAUUCGAGCAGGAUUAUCGGCGUAAGGUUCAGGAAGAUGAUAAUUUAAGUGCUGCUCAGAGAGGGGAUGGCCUUGCAAUGUUAAGGGCCGAGCUAAAAAGUCAGAGGAAACAUGUUAAAAGUUUGAAAAAAAAGUCUCUGUGGUCCAAAAUCUUGGAAGAGGUAAUGGUGAAGCUGGUGGAUAUAGUGCAUUUCCUACAUUUGGAGAUUCAUGCUAGCUCUGGAAGUGUUGAUGAGGGCAGACCAAUAGAAAACAACCAUCUAAGGCUGGGAUCUGCAGGUCUUGCAUUGCAUUAUGCAAAUCUUAUUACUCAGAUUGAUACACUUGUAACCCGGUCAUGUUCAGUCCCACCCAAUACAAGAGAUGGUCUUUAUCAGGGUCUGCCCCCAAGCAUAAAGUCUGCUUUGCGAUUCAAGUUACAAUCUUUCCAACUUAAGGAGGAGAUGACUGUCCCUCAAAUCAAAGCAGAAAUGGAGAAAACAUUGCAGUGGCUUGUACCUAUGGCUACCAAUACGACCAAGGCACAUCAUGGCUUUGGAUGGGUUGGAGAAUGGGCCAAUACGGGGUAACCUCAUUUUAUGCAUGGUUAUUCAAACCGAUUUGUUCUAUUUUGGCCAUACAACAUAUUGUUUUAUUAUAUCUAUUUUAGGGGUGAGAUGAAUCGGAAAUGUGGUGGGCAAUCUGAUCUACUUCGAAUAGAGACUUUAUAUCAUGCAGAGAAGGAGAAGACUGAGAAUUACAUUCUUGAACUUGUGGUUUGGUUGCAUCAUCUUGUUAGCCACCAGUCAAAAUCAUCUCCUAAUGGGGCAGGGGUUAGAUCCCCAAUCCGUUCCCCUAAUCAGAAGGCAAUCCAGCUGUCAUGCUAUAAACCGAACCACCCUCCGUCUCCGACAUUGUCAAUCGAAGACCAAGAGAUGCUUCGAGAUGUAAGCAAGCGGAAGCUGACACCCGGCAUCAGUAAGAGUCAGGAAUUUGGCAUUUCAAAAACCACGACCAGGUUGAGCAAGCACAACCAACGCCUUAGUAAGAGCAGUAGCCAUUCGCCUACGACUACGACUGAGAUGAAGAAAGAUCAUUCCUUCUCCAUCAGGCGGCCGUUUUCUGUCCCUGUUAUAAACUUUGAUACUGAUCGGAUUAAGGCACUGGACAUAAUUGAUAGACUGGACACGUUCCACAACUAGACUUAAGCUUCGAUAAGCUCUUGUGGGGAAGAGACCACCGUGGUGAAGAGACCACCGUGGUGAAGAGACAUUUCUGCUGCCCGGGUUUUGUACAACCCCACCCCACCCACCAGCAUUGUGAAAUGGCUUCAAGGUUAGUGAUCCCCACCAUUGUUUUUGGUUGCAGGCUUAGGUCACUCGAUGAGUACAAGUACAAGCCCUGCUGUUUUUUUCCUAUUUCUUGAGUUAUUUCUCCCAUAGGGUGUUGUUGUAGGGUGAAGAUAUGCACUUCUCAAAAUUACUCUCUUACAUGUAUAGAAUGAGAAGUCUUUCCCCUUUAAUGUCCCAAAGAAGGUAUUUCAUCAUUUUAAAAAGGUUUUAGUUAUGCAAAAGUGCACCUCAUCUAAUAAGACUAGGAGCAAGUAACCUAACGUUUCAUAUGUUAGUUUAUAGUUUAUAUUUGCUUACUUUGUGUACAUUAUUUGUUAUGUUUUUGCAAUUCCUACUUAAAAAAGUACACGCAAAAAGAGAAAUUAUGUACUGUCUGAAAUAUCUAUUAGCUGUUUUAUACCAUAUUUUGCUAUAUGCAUGUGACAGACUCUAUCUAGAGUACUGGUUUAGAUAAGCUUAUGAGUAAUAUGUUUUACAACUUCAAAGACAAUCUUAUAAUUUUAGGAAGGGGAGACUUGACACUUCAGUUAUGGUGUUGCUUCCUGAUUGAUAGAUUGGUCUUGAGAAUUGCCCUAUACACUAGUUGAAGUCUUUCCCUGACUCUUACACCCGGCUGCCCUUUUAAUUCCUCUUUUCUUGAACUUAAUGAAACAUGGUCAACCAAGCAUUCCAGCCCAGCGGAUUGUGAGGUUACUGUGUCUAGCGGGAGGUCUAAAGUUCGAAACCCUCUAGGCACAUAAG